AAGGAGGGGAGAGAAAGCAGAAAGGCCGGAAAAGGUGCAGAGAGAAAGUAAAGACCGAGAAAAGAAGUGGAGAGAGAGAAGUGAGGAUGAGGGAAAAGUGGGGAGAGAAAAAGGGAAGAAAGCACUUAUAAAACGACCUAUCCGUCUUCGUCGUCGUCCCGUCGCCUACAAAUCUUCAUUCCGAUCUGUACUCUCUCUCUCCCCAAGUCUAUCCAAGAUAGUUUUGCUGGUGUUCGAAGAUUUCGUGCUAGCCGAGGUUCUUGCUAUUGGAACCCUAAUUGGUUUUUUUUUUGCAUUGUGUUCUUGAAUUCGGUGAGUGCUGGCCUGAUCGAUUUGUGAGAAUUUGGUCGUGUGGAGGGUUUUGAUCGGAGGAAGAUGGCUUCGUUUACCAGAGACCUUGUUUUUCUGAUACUUCAGUUCUUAGAGGAAGAAAAAUUGAAGGGAACAGUUCACAAAUUAGAGAGAGAGUCAGGGUUCUUCUUCAAUAUGAAAUACUUUGAGGAUGUUGUUACUAAUGGCCAGUGGGAUGAAGUUGAAAAGUAUCUUUCUGGGUUUACAAAGGUGGAUGAUAACAGACACUCUAUGAAGAUAUUUUUCGAGAUAAGAAAGCAGAAAUAUCUCGAGGCAUUAGAUAAGCAUGACCAGGCUAAAGCCGUAGAAAUACUUGUGAAGGACUUGAAAGUGUUCUCCACUUUCAAUGAAGAGAUUUUCAAGGAAAUUACACUGCUUCUGACCUUGGGGAACUUCAGGGAGAAUGAGCAACUCUCAAAGUAUGGGGAUACUAAUUCUGCGAGAGCUAUAAUGCUUGUUGAGCUCAAGAGGUUGAUUCAGGCUAAUCCAAUUAUCCGUGAUAAGCUUCAAUUUCCCACCCUGAAGAACUCAAGGUUGCGAACGUUGAUUAAUCAGAGUCUAAAUUGGCAACACCAGCUUUGCAAGAGUCCGAAUACUAACCCUGACAUUAAAACCCUCUUUGUGGACCAUAAUUGUGGACAACCAAAUGGUGCUCAGCCUCCAUCCCUUGUCACCAAUCCUCUGAUGGGUGCUAUUCCGAAAGGUGUUUUCCCACCUGUUCUUGUUCCUGGGCCUUUUCAGUCUGCACCUGCUUUGACAGCAUCUCUUGCAGGAUGGAUGACUAAUUCAUCCUCAGUGCCUCACCAGGCUGUCUCUGUGGGGCCUAUAGGCUUAAAUGCUCCCAAUAAUGCAGCAUCCAUGCUGAAGCGUGCUUGGACUCCGCCAAAUAACAAUCUAGCAAUUGACUAUCAAACUGCGAAUCUUGAGCAUCUAAAGAGAUCAAGAACUUUGGGGGUAUUGGAAGAGGUCAAUAAUAUGCUUGUCAAUAUUUUGCCUGCCCCAUUACCUGGACAAAGUUAUGCCCAUACUUCAUACCCUUCCCAUGACUUGCCCAAGACAGUAAUGGUGAAUUUAACUCAGGGUUCUGCUGUGAAGAGCAUGGAUUUCAAUCCUGUGCAACAAACUCUGCUUCUUGUUGGAACAAGUAUUGGUGAUAUCACGGUGUGGGAGGUAGGAAGUAGGGAGAGACUCGCCUUCAGAAAUUUCAAGGUUUGGGACAUUGCGUCAUGUUCAAUGACCUUGCAGGCAUCUUUGGCCAAUGAAUAUACUGCAUCAGUUAACCGUGUGUUGUGGAGUCCUGACGGCACCCUAUUUGGUAUUGCAUACUCCAAGCACAUUGUGCAUGUAUAUUCCUAUAAUGGUGGCGACCGUUUAAGAAACCACCUGGAGAUUGACGCUCAUAUUGGUAAUGUUAGCGAUCUUGCAUUUGCUGACCAAAAUGAACAAUUGUGCAUCAUAACAUGUGGAGAGGAUAAGGCUGUUAAGGUUUGGGAUGCUGUAACUGGUUUGAAGAAAUAUAUGUUUGAGGGUCAUGAGGCACCUGUUUAUUGUGUCUGCCCGCACCAAAAAGAAAACAUUCAGUUCAUCUUUUCAACGUCUAUUGAUGGGAAGAUUAAGGCAUGGUUAUAUGAUAACAUUGGUUCGAGAGUUAAUUAUGAUGCACCAGGUCAUUCUUGCACAACAAUGGCCUACAGUACGGAUGGAACUAGGCUAUUCUCAUGUGGGACUAGUAAAGCCGGAGAAUCAUAUAUUGUGGAAUGGAAUGAAAGUGAAGGAACUGUGAAGCGAACAUACCGGGGCCUUGCGAAGCAGCCAGUGGGGGUUGUGCAGUUUGAUACAACUAAAAACCGAUUCUUGGCAGCUGGUGAUGAAUUCUUGGUCAAAUUUUGGGACAUGGACAAUGUUAAUCUCUUGACAACUGCAGAUGCUGAGGGUGGAUUACUAGCUUCUCCAUGCAUUCGAUUUAACAAGGAAGGGUUACUGUUGGCUGUUUCAACCUGUGAUAAUGGAAUUAAAAUACUAGCAAACACAGAUGGUUGUCGGCUGCUGCGAUCUAUAGAAAAUCGUUUACUUGAUGCCUCUAGAGUUGCUGCUGGAAGUCUUGUUAAGGCGCCUAUAGUUGGGACGUUUGGUGCUUCUAGUUCAACUGCUGGAACAAGUGCUGGGAUUGCAGAUAGAAGUGCAUCAUUGACGGCAAUGGUUGGUCUGAAUGGAGAUAGUCGGAGUUUUCCAGAUAUGAAACCUAGAACUACCGAAGACUCCGAGAAAUCUAAGAAUUGGAAGCUAGCUGUAAUUAAUAAGCAAUCUCAACUUUGUUCUCUCAGGCUUCCUGAUAACUUGCUGCCAGUAAGGAUUAUUAGGCUGAUAUACACAAAUUCAGGAUGUGCCAUAUUGGCAUUGGCUCACAAUGCUGUACACAAACUGUGGAAAUGGCAGAGGAGUGAGCGAAAUCCGAUGGGGAAGGCAACUAGUGUUGAACAACCUCAAUUGUGGCAACCUUCUAGUGGAAUAUUAAUGACAAAUGAAAUGAGUGAGAAAAACCUUGAAGAUGCUGUUCCAUGCUUUGCACUUUCAAAAAAUGAUUCUUAUGUUAUGUCUGCAUCGGGAGGAACAAUUUCCCUAUUUAAUAUGACUACGUUCAAGAAAAUUACAACAUUUCUGCCCCCACCUCCUGCAGCAACAUAUAUUGCCUUCCAUCCCCUGGACAACAACUUUAUAGCCAUUGGCAUGGAGGAUGCUUCAAUUCGAAUCUACAAUGUUCCUGCUGAUAAGGUCCAAAUCAAGCUCAAAGGUCAUCAGGAGAGAGUGACUGGUCUUGCCUUCUCGAAUGUUUUAAAUGUUAUGGUAUCAUCAGGAGCUGAUGUUCAGCUGUGUGUAUGGAGCACUGCGGGCUGGGAGAAGAAAGCUAGUAAAUUUCUAGAGAUUCCAACUGGGCGAGUGCCAGCUCCUCUUGCACAGACCCGUGUUCAGUUUCACCAAGAUCAGAUACACGUGUUGGCUGUCCAUGAAACUCAUAUUGGUGUAUAUGAGGCACCAAAGCUAGAAUGCCUUAACCUGUGGGUUCCCCCUACAGAACCAAGUGGAUUAAUUACCGAUGCCACAUAUUCAUGUGAUAGCCAGGCAAUUUAUGCAAGUUUUGAAGAUGGAAGUGUUUGUGUUCUGAAUGCAGAGCGUUUAAUAUUGAGGUGUCGGAUUAAUUGUAGUGCAUAUUUACCAUCUAAUCCCAGCUCGAGGGUAUAUCCACUUGUCAUUGCAGCUCAUCCAUCCGAACCCAAUCAAUUUGCACUUGGGCUUACUGAUGGUGGAGUCCAUGUUCUUCAGCCACUGGAAUCUGUGGGAAAGUGGGGCACUGUGCCACCGCUUGAAAAUGGGGAUGGACUCGUCAUCAUUCCUGCAGAUGGUUCUGAACAGCAAAGGUGACACUAAUUCGUGGUUUUGACUAAUGGCUACGUGCAUAGCUUACCAAUGCAGGUCCCAUUUUAUUUGAGGGGAGCUGCAGACUCUAGGUAUUUUAGCUUUUAGGAUGCACAGAUCUGCCUGGUGGCAGGGUGCUGAACAUUUCUAAGAUUUUGGGGAGUUCCCUCUUGUACAUGUUGUUCCUAGGGUAAACAAGCAGAAACUGUUGAUAUACAUGAAAGAGUACAGAUGAGAGCUGAGUCAUAGGAAUUCUCAAUGGUACAUAGUUUGGGGAAGGGGCAAGGGGGGGUGGGGGUUGGAUCAUUAAGGGAUUCAACGGAUUUGUUUAGUUAGGGUUUCUGCAAGUUUUCUUGGGAACUGGCUGUAGUUUGCAGAAUGUAAAUAAAUGAAAGUUCUUCCA